GCCGCGGCACCCGCCAGAGCCCCGUGCGUGCCCGCGCCUCCGCUCCGGGGCCGCCGCCCGGGCCGGCGCAGGGCGGGCCCGGGGCUCUCCAUGCUGCCGGCCCCGGGACUGCGGAGCCGCCCGGGUGGCUCCUUCGAUGGCGGCGGAAGAGGAGGCUGCGGCGAGAGGUAAAGUGUUGACAAAAGAGAACCAGUGCAUCGCUCCCAUGAUUUCCAGUCAUAUGAGCCCAUGGACAAAACCAACAGCUAUUCGAUCCUUCAGCCCACAUGUGACAGAGUUUCCAAGAAAACGAAAAGGAAGUGAUUCAGAUCCAUCCCACUCAGGAAUCAUGACAGAGAUAGUGGUGGAAAAGCUUUCUCAGAGUCCUUUUACCUAUCUCCUUUCAUCAAGGAUAGAAAUAUCGGCAUCCAGUGGCAGCAGAAUGGAAGAUGGUGAACAACAAGUAAAAAUGAAGUCCUUCAGGGAAGCUCAUAGCCAGACUGAAAAGCGGAGGAGAGAUAAAAUGAAUAACUUGAUUGAAGAACUGUCUGCAAUGAUCCCUCAGUGCAAUCCCGUGGCACGCAAACUGGACAAACUCACAGUUUUAAGAAUGGCUGUGCAACACUUGAAAUCUUUAAAAGGUAUGACAAAUUCUCAUGCGGGACAUACUUAUAGACCCUCAUUUAUUCAGGAUAAUGAGCUCAGACACUUAAUCCUGAAGACUGCAGAAGGCUUCCUACUUGUGGUUGGAUGUGAAAGAGGAAAAAUUCUCUUCGUUUCUAAAUCAGUCUCCAAAAUACUUAAUUAUGAUCAGGCUAGUUUGACUGGACAAAGCUUAUUUGACUUUUUACACCCAAAAGAUGUUGCCAAAGUAAAGGAACAGCUUUCUUCUGCUGAUGUCUCACCAAGAGAGAAGCUAAUAGGUGCCAAAACUGGUUUGCUAGUUCACAGUAAUUUUCACACUGGAAGGACUCGUGUGUAUUCUGGCUCAAGACGAUCCUUUUUCUGUCGGAUAAAGACCUGUAAAAUCUCUGUCAAACAAGAGCAUGAACGCUUACCCAACUCAGAGAAGAAAGAUCAUAGAAAAUUCUGUACUAUUCACUGCACUGGUUACUUGAGAAGCUGGCCUCCAAAUAUUGUUGGAAUGGAAGAAGAAAGGGACAAUAAGAAAGACAGUAGUAAUUUUACCUGCCUUGUUGCCAUUGGAAGAUUACAUCCAUAUAUUGUCCCACAGAACAGUGGAGAGAUUAAAGUGAAACCAACUGAGUUUAUAACCCGUUUUGCAAUAAAUGGAAAAUUUGUCUAUGUGGAUCAAAGGGCAACAGCAAUUUUAGGAUAUCUGCCUCAGGAACUUUUGGGAACUUCUUGUUAUGAAUAUUUUCAUCAAGAUGACCAUAGUAAUUUGACCGACAAGCACAAGGCAGUUCUACAGAGUAAAGAGAAAAUAUUUACAGAUUCAUACAAAUUCAGAGCGAAAGAUGGCUCUUUUGUAACUUUAAAAAGCCAGUGGUUUAGUUUCACAAAUCCUUGGACCAAAGAACUGGAGUAUAUUGUGUCUGUCAACACUUUAGUUUUGGGACAUAGUGAGACUGGAGAAGCAUCAUUACUUCCUUGCAGCUCUCAAUCAUCAAAAGAAUCCUCUAGACAGUCUUGUAUUAGUGUGCCUGGAAUGUCUACUGGAACCGUACUUGGUGCUGGUAGUAUUGGAACAGAUAUUGCCAACGAAGUUCUCGACUUACAAAGGUUACAGUCUUCUUCAUCCCUUGAUGAUUCAAGUCCAACAGAUUUAAUGAAAGAUACUCACACUAUAAACUGCAGAAAUAUGUCAAAUAAGGAGUUGAUUACACUAAGUCCUUCUGAAAUAGGGGAGCUAGAGGCUACAAGGCAAAACCAGAACGCUGUUGCUCCCCACAGUCACGAACCACUCCUCAGUGAAGGUGCCCAGCUGGAUUUCGAUGCCCUGUGUGACAAUGACGACACAGCCAUGGCUGCCUUCAUGAAUUACUUAGAAGCAGAGGGGGGCCUAGGAGACCCCGGGGACUUCAGUGACAUCCACUGGACACUCUAGCAUUUGAUUUUUAACUCCAAAAAUGAGAAAUGUUUUAAAGCAUUUCAUUUACAAAAAACUGUAUAUUCUUCUGUACUGUAUUGAUACUAUUUCUAUAAUUCCUAUUAAUGGUCUGCCAAUUUUUAUAGAUUUUUUCACCUUACUCUCAGAGAGGUAUAGGGAUAUGUGAUUUUUCCUUCAAAAAGAACUGCUCUGAGUUUCCUGCAGACCUCUUUACUCAGUGAAAUGGCUUAAAACCCACUAGUUACUAUAUUUUUGCUAAAAUAUUUCUAACCAAGAAUAUCACAUGCAUCUUGUUUUGGUUUUGUUUGUAUUUUUUGAUGCAGUUUUUUUGAGUUUGGGGAAUUGCAUAUAUUGACAUUUUCCUUGUGUCUAAGAUCCAUU